AUGGCAACUCUAGGGGGAUACCUCAACAAAAAGGUGCUCGUGGUGACGGCGGACUCGCGAAUCCUCGUCGGCACCCUCGCAGCCUGCGACCAAUCGACCAACCUGGUCCUGACCGGGACGGAGGAGCGCGUCAUCCACGAGGCGGAUGACCAGGAGCCGUCCGAAGUCCACCCGCUCGGCUUGUACCUCGUGCGCGGCGACAACGUGUGCUCCGUGGGCCUGGUGGACGAGAGCCUGGACGGGAGCAUCAACUGGACCGAGGUCAAGGGGUCGGAAAUCGGCGGCAUCAAGCACGUCUAG